UCCAACUCCACCAUUUUUUCAGAGGAAGGAAACAAAGGUUAUGGACCUGUUUUUGAGGAGCAACCCAUUGAUACCAUCUAUCCAGAAGAAUCUUCAGAUGGACAAGUUUCAAUGAACUGCAGAGCUCGAGCAAUUCCUUUUCCUACUUACAGGUGGAAACUCAACAACUGGGAUAUUGAUUUAACAAAGGAUCGCUACAGUAUGGUGGGAGGCAGACUUGUUAUCAAUAAUCCAGAGAAAUCAAGGGAUGCUGGAAAAUAUGUCUGUGUAGUGUCGAAUAUCUUUGGAACUGUCAGAAGCAGUGAAGCCACUCUGAGUUUUGGAUAUCUGGAUCCUUUUCCACCUGAGGAACGCUAUGAGGUUAAAGUGCGAGAAGGUGUUGGAGCAGUGCUUCUUUGUGAGCCCCCUUACCACUAUCCAGAUGAUCUGAGUUACCGCUGGCUUCUCAACGAGUUCCCGGUGUUCAUCGCGUUGGACAAGCGGCGCUUUGUGUCACAGACGAACGGCAACCUCUACAUUGCAAACGUGGAAGCAUCAGACAAGGGCAAUUACUCCUGUUUUGUGUCCAGCCCUUCCAUAACAAAGAGCGUAUUCAGUAAAUUUAUUCCACUUAUCCCACAGGCUGAUCGUGCAAAAGUGUAUCCUGCUGAUAUCAAGGUGAAGUUCAAGGACACGUAUGCUCUCCUGGGGCAAAACGUGACACUGGAGUGUUUUGCUCUUGGGAAUCCGGUUCCUGAACUCAGAUGGAGCAAAUACCUUGAACCCAUGCCAGCCACUGCUGAGAUAAGCAUGUCUGGUGCAGUUCUUAAGAUCUUCAAUAUUCAGUAUGAAGAUGAAGGACUUUAUGAGUGUGAAGCUGAAAACUAUAAAGGAAAAGAUAAACAUCAAGCAAGAAUUUAUGUGCAAGCCGCUCCCGAGUGGGUAGAACAUAUCAAUGACACGGAGAAGGAUAUAGGCAGCGACCUGUACUGGCCCUGUGUAGCUACAGGCAAACCUAUUCCAACCAUCAGAUGGCUGAAAAACGGUGUUUCGUUCCGGAAGGGUGAACUAAGGCUGCAGAGUCUGACCUUUGACGAUGCCGGCAUGUACCAGUGUAUAGCAGAAAACACACAUGGAAUUAUUUAUGCAAAUGCUGAACUGAAGAUUGUGGCCUCACCUCCUACUUUUGAACUGAACCCUAUGAAGAAGAAAAUCCUAGCAGCUAAAGGGGGCCGUGUAAUCAUUGAAUGCAAGCCUAAAGCUGCUCCUAAGCCAAAAUUCUCGUGGAGCAAAGGAACUGAAUUGCUUGUAAAUGGGAGCCGCAUACGUAUCUGGGAUGAUGGGAGCCUGGAAAUUAUCAAUAUCACAAAGCUGGAUGAAGGUCGCUACACCUGCUUUGCAGAAAAUAACCGAGGAAAAGCGAACAGCACUGGUGUUCUGGAAAUGACAGAAGCUACAAGGAUUACUUUAGCUCCGUUGAACGUUGAUGUCACCGUUGGAGAGAAUGCUACCAUGCAAUGCAUUGCAUCCCAUGAUCCCACGUUAGACCUGACAUUUAUUUGGUCUCUAAAUGGCUUUGUAAUAGAUUUUGAGAAAGAGCAUGAACAUUAUGAAAGGAGUGUUAUGAUUAAAUCCAACGGUGAGCUGCUCAUUAAGAACGUUCAGCUGCGGCACGCGGGGAGGUACACGUGCACCGCGCAGACCAUUGUGGACAACUCCUCGGCUUCAGCCGACCUUGUGGUGAGAGGUCCUCCAGGCCCUCCCGGAGGUAUAAGAGUAGAAGAAAUUAGAGACACUGCUGUAGCACUUACCUGGAGUCGUGGAACAGACAAUCAUAGCCCUAUUUCUAAAUACACUAUCCAAUCAAAAACCUUUCUGUCUGAAGAGUGGAAAGAUGCCAAGACAG